AUGCGCGACCACCACGUGGCCACGGCCCUUCCCUCCGUUUUCAUGAAUGGAGAGCCCGUUCGGCCAACGCACAUGCGCGACUGGGAAGCCCCGCCCCCUCCGCCCGGCUCAGCCAAUGGGAGUGCGCGGGCGGUGUUGUGGUCACGUGCGGCCGCCGGUGUAGUGGCGGCGGCCCCGCCCCCCGGCACGGCGGGCGCUUUUAUUGCGCCGUUUGCCGCACCCGCCCGCGCCUUCCCGCGGGUCGUGCCGCCCGUCCGGGCCCGCAAAGUUCUCAUCCUCGGCUACCGGAAAGGGGUUCCCGUCUUUCUGUCCGGCUCUAUCCCCUAUCGCGGGGUGAAGCCGGGACCACCCAGCGGUGUUGUUUUCCCCCACCCCGGUAAAAUAUCCCUGGCCCAUCAAUUCGUGUUGGAAAAGUUCGUGCAGUGCUACGAGCCCGGGAGGAUGGUGGUGGUGGGCAAGGCUGAGUUCCACGGCUGGGCAGGUAAUGCUGGGGCAAUUUGGGGGGUCUGGGGGUGUCGUGGGGAUGCUGGGCUGCCAGGCACCCCUGCCACCAGUUUUGUCCUUCCUCCCCACCACCAGGACGAGUACACUAUCCUGCCACACUCCAUCAUCACCAUCCACGGUUACAUCCUGGUCUGCUUGGUGACAUCCCUGCGGAGCUUCCAGGUGUUCCAGACCCUCCACAAUGAGCUGCACAAGAGCCAAGGUGCUGUCCCUCCCAGAGAGGGGGCCCAGGGUGAUGAAGGGAAGAAGCUGGUGGAGUCAUUUGGGGCCAUUUUCCUCGAGUCUUCAGCCAAGGAGAGCCAAGUUUGGGGGGCAGAGCCCACCCGGCGUUGGAAGGAGGGUUCCCAGCGUGCUGGCACUGAUGUCCCCUUGUCCUCAGGUAUCUUCGUGAAGCUCACUGAGGAGAACGACGAGGUGGACAAUUCCUAUGGCAGAUCCACCUGCUGCCACCGGAUGUGAUCCCUGGGAUGGGACAGAGCCUUCACCUCGACCACAGCAGUGCCUUUGGGGAGGCCACGUGGUCCUGCUGUGGUUCUGAACCCCUCACUUUGCACAGACUGUGGGGCUCACGGGGGGCUGGGGGGUUCUGUCCCAGGCAGGAGCCCCUCAGUUCAUCACUGCUAUCCCCCACAUGCACAAGAACAGGUCGGGGCCGUUCCUGCUCUGGCAGCCAGGGCUGAAUGCGGGUGUUGUUCCCAGCGUGGGGCCGCAGCCUGGCUGGGCAGGACCCGUGGG